AUGGUGUAUAUUGUAAUUCUUCCUCAAUGUAUUCCAGAGGCCUUUGCUUCAAAUUUUAGGGCCAAUGUUUCUGACUUGUUUUUUCGGUUGAACUAUGGUUGCCACCUUCUUAAGCUCCUCAAGUUUGAGAAGGACCCACGCGCCGCCGUAACCCUCUUCCACUCCGCUAUCCUCCGCCCCGGCUAUACCCACUCCCCUGCCGUCUUCCACCAUGUCCUCCGCCGCAUCGCCGCCGCUGACCCCUCCCUCCUCCUCCUCGCCCACCUCCCCCGUGUCAUCGACGCCAUUCGCUCCCACAACUGCAAGUGCACCGAAGACGUUCCUCUUACUGCCAUCAAGGCCUACGCCAAGAACUCAAAGCCCGAUGAGGCCCUCCACCUCUUCCAGAACAUGGAGACUCUCUUUGGGUGCACCCCUGGAGUAAGGUCUUUCAAUACUCUCCUCAAUGCAUUCGUUCUGUCCAAUCAAUGGGAUCGCGCCAACAGGUUCUUUGCUUAUUAUGAGACUGUUGGCGUUGAGCCGAACUUGGAGACUUACAAUGUUUUGAUGAAGGUUUUGUGUAAGAAGAAGCAGUUUGAUAAGGCCAAAAGGUUGUUGGGUUGGUUGUGGGAGAAGGGUCUGAGGCCUGAUAAGUUCACUUAUGGGACUUUGAUCAAUGGGAUGGUGAAAUGCGGGGACUUGUGUAAUGCAUUGGAGGUGUUCGAUGAAAUGCCGCAACGAGGCGUGGCAGCUGAUGUGAUGUGUUAUAACAUGGUCAUUGAUGGAUUCUUUAAGAAGGGGGAUUCAUUGAGGGCAAAGAUGACCUGGGAGAGGCUACUGAGUGGGGAUUCGGAUGUGUAUCCAAAUGUUACAAGCUACAAUAUUAUGAUCAGUGGGCUGUGUAAGUGCGGGAGGUUCGAUGAGUGUUUGGAGAUAUGGGAGAGGAUGAAGAAGAAUGAGAGGAAGCAUGAUUUGUUUACCUAUAGUUCCUUGAUUCAUGGGUUGAGUGAGGGAGGGAACUUGGAUGGUGCCAAGAGGGUUUACAAGGAUAUGGUUGGGAGAGGGAUUCGGCCAGAUGUCGUUACAUGUAAUGCCAUGCUUAAUGGACUGUGCAAAGCUGGGAAGAUUGAAGAAAGUUUCCAGUUGUGGGAGGAGAUGAAGAAGUAUGGUUGUCGCAAUGUAGUAAGUUAUAACAUAUUUCUCAAUGGUUUACUUGAAAACAGGAAGGUGGAAGAAGCAUUAUCGCAAUGGGAUGCUUUGCUUGAAACAGCUUGGGGCACGGAUUCUAAAAGUUACGGAAUAGUAGUUCAUGGUUUGUGUAAGAAUGGGUACCUGAAUAAGGCUUUAAGGUUGUUAGAAGAGGCUGUGCAAAAGGGAGGUGAUGUUGAUGCCUUUGCUUUCUCUUCAAUGAUAAAUGCGUUGUGCAAAGAAGGAAGACUUGAUGAAGCAGCUGAAGUUGUUAGUGUUAUGGAUAAAAAUGGCUGUAAAUUGAAUCCUCAUGUCUGCAACGCAAUAAUUGAUGGGUUUAUCAAACAUUCCGAACUUGACAAUGCUAUUCAAUUCUUUCGCGAAAUGAGCAUCAAAGGUUGCUCACCAACUGUUGUGUCCUACAAUAUUCUUUUAAAUGGAUUAUGUAAAGCAGAAAGAUUUAUUGAGACAUAUGAUUACAUUAAGGAAAUGUUGGAGAAAGGGUGGAAACCAGAUAUUAUCACGUACAGCACCUUGAUAGAUGGUCUUUGUCAGAGCAAGAUGAUCGACACAGCCCUUAGGUUGUGGAAUCUGUUUCUUGACUCGGGAUUUAAGCCGGAUAUCAGAAUGUACAACAUUGUUAUCCAUAGACUUUGUUCUUCUGAAAAAAUGGAGCAUGCUAUGCAGCUCUAUUCGAUGAUGAGACAGAAGAAUUGCAUUAAUCUUGUGACCUACAAUACCAUCAUGGAAGGUUUUUACAAAGUUGGGGACUGUGAAAAAGCAUCAAACAUUUGGGCUAACAUCUUUGAAGAUGGCCUUCAGCCAGACAUCAUUUCAUAUAACAUCACUCUUAAGGGUCACUGCUCUUGGGGUAGAUUGACGGAGGCAAUUAGGUUGUUGGAUCAUGCUUUGGAGUGCGGUAUUUUCCCAACUGCCAUUACUUGGGAUAUACUAGUUAGAGCAGUGAUUUUUUAUGAGGCUUUAACUUAAUUUUGGAUAUCAAAUACAACAAAAGUAAUCAAGCUUUCUUCCAUUCCGAGUGGUUGGCUAUGCCUACAUGAACAGACAUUGAUGGAGUUUUACACUGACUGAUUAAGGCACCCAUUCUCUUCCAUUCUGAUUUGAGACUAUGCAGUUAUAGCUUAGAUGCAAUUCAGCUUGUAAACAAGUGGGACCUAUGGUGGAGUUGUCUGAACUAUGAACUCUGAACUGAAAGUAUCAAGUGUUUGGUUUGUGGGAUAUCUGAGUUCCUCGGGUUUUACAUGAAUUGGUUUAUUUCUUUAUGGUGGCAUCAAGAGGUUCAGGCAAAGACUACUAUACUUCAUUACUGGUACCAGCUUAUUAUGAUGUGAAUUAGGAAAUACCCUGUAUGGCUUUUCAUUUCUUGAUUAAUGAUUCUAAAUGUACAGUUCCAAAAGCUAUGAUGAUAAUAUAUAUAUUAUGUAAAGAACUUCAUGAGCAUCACAUGGUAACUCUGUUACUCUGGGUUUGGUGAUUAUAGUUGUAUCACCGAAAUCAGCUACUGUUGAUGCCAAAUCAAAGCCGUGUGAUGUUAUCAGUCCCAAGUUGUAAGCCCUCACUUGGGUUUAUUGCAUCACACACAAUGCAUCAAUGGUAUUACCCUUGCAGUGAAUCACAGUAAAAUUGAACUUCAGUUAUUUUCCUCAUUGUUAGUCUUUCUCGUUCUCCCAGUUUCCAAUGACAUGUUUUGUUCAUAGAUGAACUGAGAAGUUAAAGCCACAAGAAUAGCGAAAAGAACUGCAACCUUUCUCCAAUCAGUGGAGGAUGAAACAGCAAUAGCCUUGACUAUUCCAAUGCCCAACAAGCCAAUGAAGAAAAGGGGCCUUCUUUCUGAGGUUCUUGAAGAACAAGCCUUCAUUUCUGUCGUCCUCCAUUUGAACUUCAAAUUCCUUGAGCUCGUUUUCACGGUUUGAAAUCUCUUGUCUGUUAAGUUCUGUAGAUUCUUCGAAUUCUAGCAUUUUGCGCUCUAUGUUUGCUGUUAUCUGCUAACCACAAAAGAAUAGUCUUCAUCUAAUCCUUUGAGGGCUUCUUCUCCAAUUUUCUCAAACUCAACUAUGGCUUCUUUGCCAAAUUGGGUCAAAUAUGCGGACCGCUCGUCUACAUAAUCCAUUAGGCGGAUCUUUUGAGCUUCAAUCAUGGCAAUUUGUGCUAGCAACUCUUGUUGGCGAGUAUCACCAGGUUGGGAAUCAGACUCGUUAGACUUGCAGCGGCCGAAGAUGGGACUUCUUUUGUUUUGGAGGAGCCCUGUGCAGUGGAUAUCAUACUUGCUAUUGGUAGGACUGAAAGAAGGAUGAAUGGCUUUGAGGGCAAUCAUCCUCUCGUUACCGUGAAGGUAUCUAUUCAUAACUCAUAAGGUUGAAAUAGAGAAAAUUAAAUGAAUGGGGGAGAAAUGGGGUGCAACGUCUUUUGAACCUUUUGUUCUCUGUACAUUAUCCAUUGAAAUAAUGAUGGUGAUGUUUUUGUCCAAUAUAAAAAGGAAUAUGAUGCUCUAAAUGCCUUUUAGUUUGGUAUGAUCUUGGGAAAUUCUAUUUUGGUCGACGAAAUUUCAUUUUAGUUGUGCAUGGGGAUUCUAAUUUCUAACCUAUUCAGUUUUGGACAUCAUAGUAAUUUUUGGGUCAUUUUCGAUUCUAACUCACCUUAUGGGGUGUUGAUGUGGCUAUUCUUUACCAUGCUAGAGGUAACCAAAACGACGUCAUUUUGGUUUGGGUC